AUGGAGUUGUCACUGAUCUCAUUCAACAUCGCAGAGAUUUUGAACCCUGAACUCGAGGUGAACCUGCCCCCCAACCUUCUCUCAGGGCUAAAGCGUAGACACACCCCUGACAUGGUUAAGUUCAUCUUCUCUGUGCUUAAAACCUCACCACCAAAUUGGACUGUAGAGGGACAACUUGGUGGUGAAUGGGUCACUGAUGGCUGCAACACCCUGAGGCUCACUAACCAGACCAUCUGUAGCUGUGACCACUUCUCCUUUUUUGCCCUCAUGAUCCCUGAUGUGAAGCUGAGUGAGGUCCAUGCCAGGACGCUGAGUGUACUCACCUUUGUGGGCGGAGCCAUCUCUGUGUUCUUCUGCACCAUCACCUUACUGACACACUGUCUUCAGCAUUCACGGAAAUCUACUGACCAUGCCAUGCUGGUUCAUCUCCAGUUGGUGGCAUCUCUGUUGUUACUCAACCUGCUGCUCUUGACCAGUGUGGGUUUGGCCUUUGUGGGCCCUGCAUCUAUGGCCCCUGGCCUGUGUCCUGCCGUGGCCGCCCUGCUGCACUACUCACUGCUCUGCUGCUUCACCUGGAUGGGCCUGGAGGCUCUGCAUCUGUACAGGCUGCUGGUCCUGGUCUACAACACCUACAUGAGACACUACCUGCUGAAGCUGAGCCUGCUGGGCUGGGGUGUUCCUGCUUUGGUUGUAUCCAUAGUCGCCUCUGUCAGUACAGAUUUCUAUGGGCUGAAUAACAGAAUGUGCUGGAUCAAAGACUCUGGUGUCCAGUACGGCUCUGUUGUGGCUUACCUGAUAGUGGUCCUGCUCUUCAAUAGCACCAUCUUCGCCAUCGUCAUCACAACGAUGCUCAAGCUGCGCUCUGUCACGUCGCCGCAGGGGAAGAGGCAGAGCCGCAACAUCACCUGCAGCGUUCUUGGGUUGACCUGCAUCCUGGGCCUCACCUGGGGGGUGGGCUUCUUCUCCAUGGGCUACACCAACUAUGUCAUCCUCUACAUCUUUACCAUCCUCAACUCACUGCAGGGGUUCUUCCUGUUCUUAUGGCUCUGCGUUAAGAGACUGCGGGAGGCAGAGCAGAGUUCCAUGACAACUGGACAGAGCUCAAGCACCCACAUUCUCUCCGUUGGAAGCGAGGUCUGGCCCUCUUCUGGAAGAACAAGGCAGUCAGUGCAAGAGGGAGCAAUUGCUGACAAUACAGCUAAGUUCUGACCAAAAGCUGACUUUAGUUUGUGAUGCUUUAGCUCACUGAGAUGAAAGGAAAUCUACAAAUGGAAAUGAAGUACCGUGAAGGAAUUGUUUUGCUUCGGUCCCAUACAGUACAUCACAUACUUAAAUAAAUAAAUAAAUGUUAAAGCAGAUAAUCCUUAAGAAAGAAGAUGUUGUACUCCUAUCGUUUAAUUUCUUCCUGUUAAAAUUAGAUUUGCUGUUUUAUAUGCCAUGAUUUAUAUGCCACCUUUCACCUAAAGCCUUCUAUUAUUAUUAUUCUGGGAUGGAAAGGGGAGUUGGAACAGUUCUCAGAGAUGAAACGAAAGUGAAUUGUAAUGAUUGUACACUAAUUCUGUAUUAAAUAUACAUAUACAGUACCAGUCAAAAGUUGACACUGUCAUGACGUUGGGGGAUGGGUUUAUGACAGU